GUGGGGAGAUGUAGGUACCGCGCAUGGGCCGAGCGUGACGUUGGUGUUUGACGUUCCUCGCGAACCGAGAUGGCGGUAGCGCCAGGUUCCUGAAAACUUCCUUGAGCUCCUCACUAGGAGGUGUCACGCUCAGUUCUUUUUAUCAUUAUUAUUUUUAUUUUUUGAAUUAUGACUUCGGCGUUCGGAGCUCAGUUCUCGUUCUCGAGCUAGUUUUCCGCGAGUCUCGCGAGGUGGGCGGGCUGACGCGAGAGCCGGUUAUCUCCUAGGAGCUCGACCCGGCCCCGAGAGCCUCCAGGACGCGGUGACUGUCACCCUGGCUGGACCCCGGCAGCCAUGGAUGAGGACCUGAUUUUGGCACUGCGGCUGCAGGAGGAGUGGAACCUGCAGGUCUCGGAGUGCGAUCCGGCCCAGGAGCCCCCGUCGCUGGUGGACGCGUCCUGGGAACUGGUGGACCCCACCCCCGACUUGCAGGCGCUGUUUGUGCAGUUCAACGAUCGUUUCUUCUGGGGCCAACUGGAGGCGGUGGAGGUGAAGUGGAGCGCGCGCAUGACGCUGUGUGCUGGGAUAUGCAGCUAUGAAGGAAGGGGUGGAAUGUGUUCCAUCCGUCUCAGUGAACCCCUUUUAAAGUUGAGACCAAGAAAGGAUCUUGUGGAGACGCUCUUGCAUGAAAUGAUACAUGCCUAUCUGUUUGUCACUAAUAAUGAUAAAGAUCGGGAAGGGCACGGUCCAGAGUUUUGUAAACAUAUGCAUCGCAUCAAUCGCCUGACGGGAGCCAAUAUAACGGUGUACCAUACUUUCCACGACGAGGUGGAUGAGUACCGCCAACACUGGUGGCGCUGCACUGGGCCGUGUCAGCACAGAAAGCCCUAUUACGGCUACGUCAAACGCGCCACCAACAGGGCACCCUCUGCUCACGACUACUGGUGGGCCGAGCACCAGAAAACCUGUGGAGGCACUUACGUAAAAAUCAAGGAGCCAGAGAACUACUCAAAAAGAGGCAAAGGAAAGGCAAAACUCGGAAAGCAGUCAGGAUCAGAAGCAGAGAAUAAAGAUAAACCGAGCAGAGGGGAGGCACAGCUGUUAAUCCCUUUUAGUGGGAAAGGGUAUGUUCUAGGAGAGACAAGCAACUCGCUCUUGUCUGGGAGAUGGAUCACGUCACGUGCUGUUGUUAAUAAAACCCAGGAUCUUUUCAGUCAAGACCAUUCAGCAAGUGCCCUAACACCUAAUUCUAAAACUCAGGUGAAAUUUGAACAGAAUGGUUCAAGUAAAAAAACUUCCCUAGUCUCCCCUAUUCUCAGUUCCAGUCACCAAAAUGUUUUAAGCAACUACUUCCCGAGAGUAUCAGUCGCCAACCGCAAAGCUUUCCGAAGUGUGAGUGGGUCUCCGACGAAAAGCCUCACAGUUGGUGACAGCACUGAAAACUCAGUCUCUUCUAGUUCUCAAAGGAGAGUUACAUCUAAGAUAUCCCUAAAAGAUUCUUUAAACGCCAUGGAAUCAACAUCUGUGACCACCCCCCAGGAUGCAGGUGGGCCUGAAGAUAAAUUCCCAAGUAAACGACCCAGGCUAGAAGACAAGACUGUUUUUGACAACUUUUUUAUCAAGAAAGAGCAAACACAGAGCGGUGGUAAUGAUCCGAAGUGUGGCUCAUGCCCUCCAGCUGCAGCGCAGAGUCCCAGUGGCUCAUCUAGUCAGAGCAAAAUGGUCCACUGUCCUGUCUGUCAGAGUGAAGUUUUGGAGUCUCAGAUUAACGAGCACUUGGACUGGUGCCUUGCAGGUGAUAGCAUCCAAGUCAAAAGCUGAAAAAAUCUCUGAAAAAUGAAUGGGUCUCACAUGUCCACCUGUAUUAGCUCACUAGCACAGCGUCAGCCACUCAGGAAGUUCUGGUUAAGACUAAGAUUUGCAGCUUUUAACCUCGUUCCCCAAUACUAAAUGUUCUAUUUUAUAUAUACAUAUAUGAAAUUGUAAUUAAAAAUAUUUUAUGUCUAAUGGUGUUAUAACUCACUCUUGCCUUAUGUAUACUGUAGCCCCAGAGUUUGUUCUGGUUGCAUACACGUAUGAUUUUUAGAUAAUUUCGUUCUUUCUUGCUUUUAAAAGUAUUUAGACCUGUUAACCUUUUUUUUGGUAUAUUUUCCUUAAAAUAUUCAGUGAGGAAUCCUGUCAGGUGUAUUUGGUUAAAUUGAAUAUUCCUUCAUUAGUAUUAAAACUCAUAGUGUCAGACAUAUUGACCAAAAAUACUGCCUAGUUGUUUUAGGGUACUCAAGGUUUUGGGGUUUGUUUUUUUUUUCAAAAUUUUAACAGGAAAUACAUUUCUUAUAAAGAUUUUUAUUUCUCUGUGUCACUAAAAGGUGGCAGCAGAUUUUAGGUUAAAGUACAUAAGUAUAGUAAAAUAAAUUCCUUUUGGAAUAUUGCUAGUGACAAAUAGCCACUGUAACUCUGUUGGCCAGAGUUUAGCUGUUUUCUCAGAAUUUUAGCAAAAUGAGUAGUUAAACCUUGGUGCUAAGUCACUGGUGUAUAAAAUAUAACAAAGUUGCCUAGUUUAUGUACAAAGGGAGCAUUAUCUGGAAACAGGAUUAUGAACCUUAAGCCAAAGUUGAAACCAUUUAGGAAUACCAUUUGUGUAUGUAAAAAAAUAUAUUUCUUUUAAAAAACAUUCUUUUCCAUGUUACAGCAAAGGGACAAGGAUAGUUUGAUCAGUUUACUUUUUUGUCUCAUGGCUAUACCAUUAGUGUAUUGGCAUAUUUUCAAGGCCUUAGUUCACAAGUUUUCUUUUUCUAAACUUUGUUGCAACAUGACUUUUACAUACAUAAGGUGCAGCUGGGUUCCCCCUGUGUGACCACUACCCAGAUGCAGUUAGAGAGCAUCUCAGUUACCCUAGAAGGUGUCCUCAUGGGCGCCUCUUCCCAGUCAGCACCCACAACCCCAAAGUAACCACUAUUUUCCUCUGUCACCGCAGGUUAGUUUAGCUUGUUUUUCAACUUCAUGAAGUAGUACGUUUGUUGCUAUGGGUAGCAGACGUUCAUUCUUUUCCUUGCUGUGAGGUAUUUGAAUAUGCCUGAGUUUGUUUAUUCUAAUAGUAGUGGACACUGGAAUGCUCUCCAGUGUGGGGCUGGCUGUUAACGAAUAAAAUAACACUGCUAAGAACAUUCUCCCUCACUUCUGUUGAGCCUAUUCCCAGGCUGGAAUGCAGGGCCACCAGGAGCAUUUAUGUUUAGCUUUAGUAAAUGCUGCCAGUUUACACUCCUACCAGCAGUGUAUGAGAGCUUGUUCGGCAGUCUUAACGCUGUUGUCAGCCCUUUUUAUUUUAGCCUGUCUGGUUGAGUGUUUACGGUUUGGAUGUUUCUUAAGCAUGAAGUUAAACAAUAGUAUCUAAUAAAUAUUUAUA